GAGGUGAGUGACACAGAAAUCAUGGAGCUGGUCCACAGUUCGUUAGGCCGGAUGACCGUCAUACGGCAGAUCUUCCCUCUGUGGAGAGACACCAACAUCCGCUGCAUGAGGAACAACCACCGCAUCUCAUCCCUGCUCUGUGACCCCCAGGAGGGCUACCUGCAGUCCCUGGAGGUCAGUGUGACGGAGAUGACUUUAUUACUGACCGUCAGCCCCGUCACCACCCUGUCAUCAGCGUAACACUAUAUCCAUACCAUCAGUGAACUCCACAGAGUACUUUGUCAUUCACCCAACAUCACCCCACAUAUUGACAAGACAUGACCAUGACCAAAACAAUACUGAAGGGCGACGAGAGUUGCCCGUCAGCGUCGUCACAACAUUGAACGUCGUCAUCAUUCUAACACGGUGUCAUUUCCUUCAAUGUUAAGAACCUCAGUCUGUCACCAUCACUAAGAUUGCACAGGCACACAGAUUUCCAACAUUAGAAAUGUCUUUGACAUUUUCUCUCUAUUCCAUCUAGUGUGCAGUGACCGUGACUUACUAUGCAAGCUCCAUAGCUAGUGUAGAACACUGUUUAGGACAGAUGGUCCCCCCCCCAAAAAAAUAAUCUUGUUCUCAGCUUUUUUUUUUUUUAAUCUUGUUCUCAGUUCCAAUAAAAAGGAAUCUUCCUAAUUAGGAAAAUUUUAACUGAAGUAUUUGUCAAAGAAGAAAUACACAGGUGCUUUUUGUUUUCUGACAUAGUCUUGACCUGUGCUGGGUAAAGCACUGGCCACUUAUCUAUCCCAUACUGUCAAAUCAUUAUCAUGAAAAGUACACCAGACUUACUUUCUUAGGAUUCAUAAAGUGGUGCAUUAAGCCAUCAUAAAGCUUCAGUGAUAACAUAUCCUUUAGGUGUGGUAAGUGUGUUUAUGUUUGAGCAGCCUUCGUUUUCAGAGCCACAGGGGACAAAGAAUAUAGAUUGCAAUUUCAAUUUAAUUAGCUAUAUUGUAACUUUUUACAAUUGUCACCAUUUUGUGAACUCUAUUUGCCACUGUCACAUUGAUUUGAACUCCAAAGGUGUGUUUGUUCUAUACCCAAUAUGACCAUCUGGAUUAAAUGUCCCAUUAAAUCCUCUGUAAUGAGGACAAAAGUACUUGUACAUUUAUUGAACUGAUGACAGGUUGAGCAAUGAUAGAGGAGCAGAGGUCUGAGGAAUGGUGACAUUCAGCAAAUAUCUCUCCUUGUGUCACUGUUGUACCCUGCCAUUCAUACAUGCCAUUGUUGGUGUCCUCAUAUCGAAAGCAUGCUGUGGACUCAGCCAUCCAUUGACCCUAUUUGUAUACCAAUUUGAAAAUCCCAGGGAACGUGUUUGGGCUUCUCUUUGUCCAGUGUUCCUUCAAUAAAUCACAAUCACUAUUUCCUACAGACAAGUUAGAAAAGGUGGACCACAAAUGCUCCAUGGCAUUUCAACAGACAUGUAUUUUUCUACCAUCAAAAAACUUGAGGUGGGCUUUCAUAUCUCUUGUCUGUAACAUAAAAGCGGUCGUUGCAGUGUCAGACAGGGUGUGUUCUGCUCCCCAGGUGGCUAGCACUAUGGGUCUGUCUCUCCCUUUCAUUUUGUGGCCAUGCUGGCAUAAGUGUAUAUUCCUUACUGAGAACUUAAUUUCCCCAAAACCUCACAGGGGCAGUGGCAGAGAGGAACCGCUUUUAUGUUGGCCUUCACACGGUUCAACAAGUGCUUUUGAGCAUCUUGUUUUGGGAGUUUUUCCCUGCCAGGUCUCAAACUAGGAUAGUUGUUGCAUGCCACUGCUGAUUCUGCUCAAUACCUUUUAUAGAAUAUGUUUUGAUGUGUUGUUUUUCCCCAGGUCUCCAACUUGUACUUGUAUGACAGUGUGCUGAUGUUGGCCAACGCCUUCUACAGUAAGCUGGAGGACAGGAAGUGGCAUAGCAUGGCCAGUCUGAACUGCAUGAGGAAGUCCACCAAGCCUUGGAAUGGAGGCUGGUCUAUGCUGGACACCAUCCAGAAGGUAGGACACCACACGACAUUGCAGACUAAGUCAUAUUACGUAGAAAUUGAUUCCUUUCGUUCUCAUGUGGCAUUCUCCUCACAUGUAUCUCAGCUCUUUGAAAACAGAUAUACAAGGAGAAUGAUUCAGUCUUUUGUGUUUAUCCAAAUUAACAAAAUAUUGAAACAAAAUGUACUUGAUUGCAUCAAUUUAGAGGCUGUUAUUAAACACUUCAUAAAAUGAAUAAUUUAUAAAUUAACAAAAGUGUUUUCAUGAAAAUGUAAAAAAGUGAAAGCACUUAUUGUAAUAAUAAUGGUUAUAUUUUGAAGUCAUGAUAAAUAAUCACAAUUUCUCUCAACAACUAACCAUUCCCUGAGAAACCAUUUCCAUUUUAGUCAUUUAGCAGACGCUCUUAUCCAGAGCGACUUACAGUAGUGAGUGCAUACAUUUGUUUGUACUUUUAUGUACUUGUCCUCCAUGGGAAUUGAACCCACAACCCUGGCAUUGCAAGCGCCAUCAAAUCUAAUCUAAUCAGAUUGUAUUUGUCACAUGCGCCUAAUACAACAGUUGUAGUAGACCUUACCGUGAAAUGCUUACUUACAAGCCCUUAACCAACAAUGCAGUUUUAAGAAGAAUAAGAGUUAAGAAAAACAGAUACUAAAUAAACUGAAGUAAAAAAUAAAAGAGCAACAAUAAAAUAACAAUAACGACGGGGUACCCGUACCGAGUCAAUGUGCGGGGGUACAGGUUAGUCAAUGUAAUUGAGGUAAGAUGUACAUUACCAGUCAAAGGUUUGGACACAGCUACUUAUUCAAGUGUUUUUCUUUAUUUUAAAAAUGUUUUACAUUGUAGAAUAAUAGUGACGACAUCAAAACUAUGGCCAAUCAGUUGUGUUGUGACAAGGUAGGGGGGGGGGGGGUAUACAGAAGAUAGCCCUAUUUGGUAAAAGACCAAGUCCAUAUUAUGGCAAGAACAGCUCAAAUAAGAAAAGAGAAACGACAGUCCACUUUGAAAGUUUCUUCAAGUGCAGUCGCAAAAACCAUCAAGCACUAUGAUGAAACUGGCUCUCAUGAGGACCGCCACAGGAAUGGAAGACCCAGAGUUACCUCUGCUGCAGAAGAUAAGUUUAUUAGAUUUACCAGCCUCAGAAAUUGCAGCCCAAAUAAAUGCUUCACAGAGUUCAAGUCACAGACACAUCUGAACAUCAACUGUUCAGAGGGGACUGUGUGAAUCAGGCCUUCAUGGUCGAAUUCCUGCAAAGAAACCACAACUAAAGGACACCAAUAAGAAGAAGAGACCUGCUUGGGCCAAGAAACACAAGCAAUGGACAUUAGACCGGUGGAAAUGUGUCCUUUGGUCUGGAGCCCAAAUUUGAGAUUUUUGGUUACAACCGCCGUGUCUUUGUGAGACGCGGUGUGGGUGAACGGAUGAUCUUCGCAUGUGUAGUUCCCACCGUAAAGCAUGGAGGAGGAGGUGUUAUGGUGUGGGGGUGCUUUGCUGGUGACACUGUCUAUUAUUUAUUUAGAAUUCAAGGCACACUUAACCAGCAUGGUUACCACAGCAUUCCACAGUGAUAUGCCAUCCCAUCUGGUUUGGGCUUAGUGGGACUAUCAUUUGUUUUUCAACAGAACAAUGACCCAACACACCUCCAGGCUAUGUAAGGGCUAUUUUACCAAGAAGGAGAGUGAUGGAAUGCUGCAUCAGAUGAUCUGGCCUCCACAAUCCCCCGACCUCAACCCAAUUGAGAUGGUUUGGGAUGAGUCUGACCGCAGAGUGAAGGAAAAGCAGCCAACAAGUGCUCAGCAUAUGUGGGAACUCCUUCAAGACUGUUGGAAAAGCAUUCCAGGUGAAGCAGGUUGAGAGAAUGCCAAGAGUGUGCAAAGCUGUCAUCAAGGCAAAGGAGUGGCUAUUUGAAGAAUCUCAAACAUAAAAUAUAUUUUGAUUUGUUUAACACUUGUUUGGUUGCUAGAUGAUUCCAUAUGUUAUUUCAUAGUUUUGAUGUCUUCACUAUUAUUCUACAAUAUAAAAAUAUAGAAAAACCCUGGAAGAGUAGGUGUGUCCAAACUUUUCACUGGUACUGUACAUGUAGGUAGGGGGAAAGUGACUAUGCAUAGAUAAUAAACAGAGAGUACCAGCAGCGUAAAAAAAGGGGGGGGGGGGGGCAUUUGCACUUACUUUGCACAUCAUCUAACGCACAUAAAUUUGCACCCCUUUUAUUUCAGCAGAUAUUCUUAUCAGCACAUGUUCUUAUCAUUGACUUACAAUCAGGUUCUUAAUGGUCUGUAUUGGGAUUGAGCUGGUAACCUUGGUCCAGCUAGUUGGAACAUAUAGGCCAUACAGUAUGAGUGUAUAAAGUAUCCUGGCCAAACCACCUCAUUUGGAUGGUGCUUUCUCCAUUGGCACUAAUGCAUAGGUUGUGUUGCAGUGUCCUUCACAGAAAUGUUCAGCAAUCAACUUAGAUGAUUGCUGAACAUGUUAUUGACCACUCAAAGCAUAUUAGAGCGUUGAGCUUUCCUAGGUUCCUGCCUUCUAGGGAGGCAUUGCUUGCUCUAUGGGGUUUUAGACUGGGUAUCUGUAAAGCACUUUGUGACAACUGCUGAUGUAAAAAGGGCUUUAUAAAAUACAGUACAUUUGAAUUUUGAUUGAUUGAUUAGAGACCACUUAAAAUAUCCUUGUUAUCAUGCUGUUGCCAUAGAGACGGAUCACCGGGCUCACAGGAAUGAUGGACUUCCGUGCAGGAGGUUCCAACUCCCACGUCCAGUUUGAGAUCCUGGGGACCAGCUACAGUGAGACAUUUGGGAAAGAUGUAAAACGGGUGAGUCAAUAUUGA